AUGAAUCAACCGACGAUGAACAUACACGGCCAUAACGAAGUGGCCGCGAUAUUUUCCAGAUAUGCAUCGAAUGUCAAGCUGAAGACAAUCACGGCCGUACACCCCAAGGUAUCUGAGCAUAUGGCGAUGGCAACCAAUUUUGUUACUCUGGGUGAACUCUGGUCCAGCCACGUUGAAAUGGAGGAAGAAGAUGAAGCGAUAUUUUCCAGAAUCAAGGUCUUAAUAGAGAACCAUCUGCCAGACGGCUGGAGAGACUGGAAGGUGAUUGACUGGAAGAAAGAAGAUCUAUUUGGGAAAAAGAUAGACCACAAAGUAUUGAACAAAAUUCGCUUCGCCCUCCCCACAUUGGAACUGGUGAAAGCGUUCUACCCAGAAGCAACAUCGGUGGGAGAGAAAACCUACCGAAAUAUAAAAUUGAGGCUUCUCGACUGGAACCUCUGUAGAGCAUUGAUCAUGAGCCCACGGCAGGUAGCGUGUCAGUUACGAGGAUCUAUGGCUCAAGCGGAGCUCUUUAAUAAGGCGGUGGAACCACUUAAACAUACUAUGCGUUCCAGAGAGCUGACGUCGGAGGUCUAA